AUGUCACCGAUGUCACGCCGAAUAAUCGUCCGACUUCUGUCGUCGUCCUCCUUCGCUCCACCAUAUCACGCCGUAACACCUCCACCCAGCGCCUUCCCUGGCCAUCCAAACGGCACCACCGCCCCGCUCGCCGCCGUCCGAUCCUCCCAUGGUACCGUCAAUGAAGGACACAACCGUCAGUGUCGCCAGCGGCAGCCCGCUGCUUCUCUCUCCUUGGCAAAGCUCGGUCGAUGUGGAGCUGCAAUUACGGGUUUAAGAUCGCCAAAUGACAAGGAUAACACACCGACGAUCAUCCCCGUCAUCCUGACUGCCAUCGUCGCUCGGCUAGACGCCGACUUCCGUCGUCCUCCUCCUCCACCGUCUUCAGAUGCCGUCCUCCGUCGAUAUCUGGAUGGAAGCGAUGUCGAAAAUAAAAAUAAUCGACCAUAA